CAUCUUCUUUGCCUAUAAGGUAAUAGACAAACUCUAUCAUCAUAUUGAUCAUCAUCAUCUUUUGUUAUUGUUGUUAUUUUGUGUGAAUGAUGAAAGCAAAGUAAUGAAACCAAUGAGCCUCAUCAUCAUCAAUUGGACUCAAACCAAAUCAAGUUAACAUAACAAUUAAUCAAAUUGUUAUCAAUUAACCUACGAUAAUAAUAAUAAUAUAAAAAACUAAACAAAAAAUCAAAAUAAUUUUUUUUCAAUCUUCAUCUUUAUCUUCAUUUUCAUCUUCAUUUUCGUCAUCUUCAUCAUCUUUAUCAUCUUUAUCUCUUUCUUUUAGUCUCUUUUCCUCUUUCUAACUGAUUCUCUAUGUGUUUGUGUCUCUCUUCAUCUCUCCAUCUCUCCAUCUCUCUCUCUCUCACUCUAAUCAAUUUAAUUCAAUUUAAUCAACUUAAUCACAAUCAUUAAUAAUAUCAUUAACUUUUUGUGUUUUGUCAACUCAAUUAUAUUUUUUACCUUUUUGUUUUUACUUAGAUUAUUAUUUUAUUUUUAUUAUUAUUUUAACUAUAUUAUUAUAUUGAUUGUGAUUUAAUUUAAAUUGUUGUCCUUCUCAUCUGAUCAUCAUCAUAAUCAUAAUCAAGUAAAUUGUUUCAAAUGAUGGAUUCUACAACAACGAUUGAGCUUAAUCAUCAUGCUCAUCAUUUAAAUCAUCAUCUUAAUCACACUUUCGGUGUAGCUGUUGAAGGAGCAUUCAAGAAAUUAAAAGUUGAACCAGGAUUAAUUGUAUCUUCAUCUUCAUCAUUAUCAUCACCCUUAACAUCAUCUUCAUCAUUAACUACAACAAUUACACCGACAACAACCUCAACAACCUCCACUCCAUCAUCAGCAUCCUCAUCAUCAUCCACUGGAAGUGGCAAUGGAAAUGGUGGUCAUCAUCAUGGUCAUCACUUGAAUUUGAAUCAUUCCAUUAACCAUUCCCUUAAUCAUUCACUUAAUCACAACCAUAAUCAUCACAAUUCAUCAUCAACAACACCAAGUACAACACCAAAUUGUCCCCCAACACCAGCUCGUCGUCGACAUCGAACAACUUUCACUCAAGAACAAUUAACAGAAUUGGAAUCGGCGUUUUCCAAGUCACAUUAUCCUGAUAUUUAUUGUCGAGAGGAAUUGGCCCGAUUAACUAAACUGAACGAGGCUCGAAUUCAAGUUUGGUUCCAAAAUCGUCGAGCCAAAUUUCGUAAGCAAGAGAAACAGUUACAAAAAGCGCUAACGGUAAACAACUCGAGUUCCAGUGUUCUUCCUUCUUGUAAUGGUAAUUUAAUGAGGAACAUUUAUCAUCAAGCGACAAUUAAUCAUCACACUGGUCAUCAACUCUCUCAUCACACUCAUCCUCAUGCUCAUCAUGCUCUCAAUCAUCAUUAUCACAAUCAACUUGCUCGUAAUCAUUACAAUCCUUUAGCUAAUCACAAUCAAUAUCUAACUGGUGCUGGUGUUGGAGUUGGAGUUGGUGUUGGUGGAGUUGUGGGUGGUGUGGGUGGUGGUGUUAUCGGUGGGAAUAGUGUCGGUCUUGGUUCCUCUGUUAAUGGUAACAAUUUAAAUUCAAACCUCUCGCCAAACACCAACAAUUUAAUCAUCAAUGGCAAUGGUUUCAAAGAUUCAACUUCAUCCUCAUCUUCAGCCUCAACCAACAACAACAACAACAACAAUAAUAAUAAUAACUCAACACCAAACAACAACAACACUAAUAACAACAAUUAUCAAAUGUCACCAAAUCAAUCACAAUUUACUAUGUCAACUGGAUCAACGACAACAAUUACUGGAUCAAAUUCAAAUUCAGACGAUUGGUAUAAUAAAGGUUUCUCAGCGUUAACCCGAAUCAAUUCAACUCCUCAUCACAAUUUAACAACUAAUUUAGCUGCAGUUGCUGCUAAUUUAGCAUCAUCACCAUCAAUGCUUCAAUAUGCUACACAAUAAUUAACCUAAUCAGUGAAACAAUAAAUUAAUCAUUAAACUUGUUGAAAUUAACUACAAGAAUUAAAGGAAAAAGUUACAAAAUCAAAUGAUUACAUCACAAAAUUUGAAAUCACAUUUCUUGAUAGAUUUACAUGUAUUAUUAUUCAAUGGAAAAUUUAAUAAAUCAUCAUCAUCACCUCAUCUUGUUUCAUCAUAACAUGAUAAAAGAUACAUGGUGAUUCCUAUCUUAUCUUCAUCUUCUCAAAUACAACCUAUACCAUUGGAUGUUGGUUCAUCAUGUAUAUAUAACAUAAACUAUUAUCAUCUCGAGCAAAAUGAUUUGCCAAAAAUUGAUGCUCAUGAUGAUCCGCAUCUUUAAUUCAUCAGAUAUAAUCCAUUGGAAACCAAUCACCAUCAUUUCAGUUAAUAUUUCAAGAUCUCUGCUGAUCCACUUUAAUCAUCAUCAGGAUAACACUUAGAAUCCAUCACUCAUCGAGUUUCCAAUCAGCGGAUAACUUUCAGAUCCAAUCAUUUAUCAUGGAUUCUUUUACUCUCUCUCUCUCUCACUCUCUGUUUAUCUCUUUACUAUUUCCUUGUCUUCCUAGUCUUGCUUUUGGAAAUUCAAUCAACGAAAUUUACAUCAGGUAACAAUUAAUCUUUAAUUAAUCAACCAUCAGAGGUUCUCUUUUCUUUUCCCAUGUAAUCCGCAUGCUUUUUAAAUCCUCAUCCAUUAAUCCAAAUCCUUUUUUCCUUUUUGUUUGGCUUGAAGGUGAAAAUAUUGAAGAAAAAGUCAACAUGUAACUUUUUAGAAUAAAUAAUUUUCCAUAUUAAA